GCAGCGGCGAGCGGUGUCACGCUGGGCCGGCCCGGCGCCCGUGCUGGCAGCGCCCGGUGCCUGCGGCCGCCGUCCGCCUCAGCCCCGCCCUGCCCUGCGGAUGUGGAGCCGGCACCGGCGCAAGCCCUCACAAGAUGGCGGGAAAAGCGAAAGAGAUGGUGGAAAGCUGGUCUUUCUUGGAUACUGCUGAGUCUAACUUCAGGCCCCUGGUAGUAAUUGAACUUGCAAAAGGCACCAAAGAAGAAACCAUAGAAUGGUUCACUAAACGAAUCGUGGACAAAAAGGCAAAUGGAGGUGCACAACUACUGAUUAAACCACUGGUUACGGAAAAUGGAGUUGAAAAUAUUUAUCUAGUUGGAGCUUCCCACUUAAGGCUGUUGCUGGGAGCUGAAACUGUAGGUUUGGUGAAGGAAUGCAGUGAUAACUCAAUGAGAACUUUUACAUACAGCAGUAGAAAAACUUUCAAACAUUUUGCAGAUGACAAUCACAAUUUCCUUACAAUGGCAGAAUGUCAGUACAUCAUCAAACAUGAACUUGAAAAUUUGAGAGCCAAAGAUGAAAAAAUGAUCCCUGGAUAUCCUCAGGCAAAACUGUACCCAGGAAAAUCAAUUGUGAGAAGAUUAUUGACCAGUGGUAUUCUUGUUCAAAUUUUUCCUCUGCAUGAUAGAGAAGAGUUGAAAAAGCUUUCUCACAGCUGGUAUGGCCGAGUGAAAAUUGGUUAUCAACCUUUAGAUGACAUACGCUGCUACUUUGGCGAAACCAUUGCUCUCUACUUUGGCUUCUUAGAAUACUUCACAUUUGCUUUGAUUCCAAUGGCUGUCAUUGGGAUUCCUUAUUACGUGUUUGCGUGGGAAGACUACGACAAAUACGUGAUGUUUGCCACAUUCAAUCUGCUGUGGUCCACUGUGAUUCUGGAGGUGUGGAAGCGGAUCUGCGCCAUCCUGACGUACCGCUGGGGCACGCUGCUGAUGAAACGACAGUUUGAAGAGCCAAGACCAGGCUUCCAUGGCGUGCUGGGGAUCAAUCCUGUCACUGGGAGGGAGGAGCCAGUGUACUCAAGUAUUAAGAGACAGUUACGGAUUUACCUGGUGUCCUUGCCAUUUGUGUGCCUUUGCCUCUACUUCUCACUGUAUGUGAUGAUGAUUUACUUUGACUUGGAGCAGUGGGCUCUGGAUUAUCACAAAGAGAAUGAGUCUAACUUCAGCAGCUUGAUGCUGUAUGUGCCCAGUAUCAUCUAUGCCGUUGUGAUUGAAGUUAUGAACCGUAUCUAUCGGUAUGCUGCUGAAUUCUUAACAUCAUGGGAAAAUCACAGGCUGGAAUCUUCAUAUCAGAAUCAUUUAAUUCUGAAGGUUUUAGUGUUCAACUUCUUAAAUUGUUUUGCCUCUCUCUUCUACAUUGCCUUUGUGCUGUUUGAUAUGAAGCUUUUGAGGCAGAGCUUGGCCACUUUGCUGAUAACUUCGCAGAUCCUCAACCAAUUUGCAGAAUCCUUGCUUCCUUACUGGCUCCAGAAGAGAUACAACAGGAGGAUGAAGAAACGCACGUCCUCCAAGGGAGCUGAUAUGGACCUGUCAUUAGCUGAACAGGUCAACAUGGAGAAAGAAAUGGGAACCUAUUUGGGUACUUUUGAUGAUUACCUGGAGUUGUUCCUACAGUUUGGCUAUGUGAGUCUUUUCUCCUGUGUUUAUCCACUGGCAGCUGUUUUUGCAGUGUUAAACAACAUCACAGAGAUAUACUCGGAUGCCUUAAAGAUGUGCAGAGUUUACAAGCGUCCAUUUGCAGAACCCACAGCAAAUAUUGGUGUUUGGCAGUUGGCCUUUGAAACUAUGAGUGUAAUAUCAGUUGUUACUAAUUGUAUACUGAUUGGAAUGUCUCCAGAAGUUGAUGCCCUUUUCCCAGACUCAAAAAUGGACCUUGUUCUGACUGUGGCAUUGGUAGAGCACUUGCUACUAGCAAUAAAGUUUAUCAUGGCAUUUGUAAUUCCUGAUAAACCAAGAGAUAUCCAGAUGAAACUCGCCAAAUUGGAAUUUGAAUCUUUAGAGGCUCUCAAACAACAGCAAAUGAAGCUGGCGGCGGAGUCGCUGAAGGAGUAAACACGGAGGAAUGAGGAUGACUAAGGCGGUCACAAGUGAGGCGGAGCCAGCGUUUGUGGCCAUGGGUGGCGCUCGGAGUGCACCCUCCACCAUCUACUGAGUAGGUGGCACCUGCUUACAUGAAACUUGGUAAAUAAUCUUUGCCUGACACUGUAAAAAACUGUAUUUUCCCCUGCUCUCUUUGUUUCUGAUACGCAAUUGCUUGUGAAGGUAACACCAAAUAAAGCACUCCAGCUUAUGCCAGGUCUGGAUAAAAUUUGCCAGACUCCCUGUGCUUUGAGUGAUUGAAAACAGAUCCUGUGAGGAAGCAUCCAGAAGCUCACUAGAAUUUUCAGCUGCAACUUUCUAAAGGGGAAAAAAACCGCAGACUAUUAUUUAAUUUACUCUCCCUUUAUGGUUAUUGCCCCUUUUGUUCCUUCAUUACAAUAGUUAAUCAAUCCUCUAUUAUUUCAAAGCUUUGCUUAUUAGCUACUGCUUGUCCACAGCAAAUUAAUUUAAGUAUGUUAUACAUUUCAUAGGGAACAAUAAUGUAUUUCAUUAUGUGAUCUGAGAAAUGGUUGAACAUAAAUGUUUAUAGAGUAUGUAUUAUAUACUCCUGUUUGCUAGUUCUCUAAAUGGGUCCCAGCUAAAAUCUUUUCAAAAGCUAGGUAAAAAAAAAAAAUUAGUAGGAAACAGAUUGCUGAUCAGUGACUUAUGAAGCAUAUUUAUUUUCUAAUUUAUAUUGGAUUUUGGUAUUACUGCCCUGGAUUCUGAACUGCAGUAUUGUAUGAAUGGAUCUUCUGGUUAAAUGAACUAACAGUAAAUAGUUCAAUUAAAGUUGAUACUUGAUACACCAGUAUUUGUGUUUGUAGUAAAUAUCUGAUUUGGUUUUCCUUGCCUUUCACAAAAAGGUAGCUGUCCUGAUGUUUCAUUGUUUCCUGACAGUAAUAGGACAAAAUCUACAGUGUUUGCUCCUGUGUCCUUGAGACAGUUUAUUUUUGGCUGCUGUGAUGUUCAGUUUCAGUAGAUGUAACUUAUGUGGUACUUGCUGGAAUUUUGUUCACAAAAAUCUGCUGCUGCCAUAAUUAAGGUGUUUGCCUACUUUGCACAUUUCAGAUUUCUGCCACUGGGCUUCCACAGCAGAGUAAUAUAACUAAGCCAAAAUAAUAUGUUUUGUCUGGAACUAAAAAUUAGAAUUUCUCAGGCUCUGCAGGUGUGACCCAGUAAGAAAUGACUGUUCUCCUGGGAAGAGGAGCAAACCUGUGCUAUGGCUACUCUGUUCCUGCUUCUCCCACUGUUAGUUCCCCACGGUGCUGCUGUUUCAGGGGUAUCUCAUGGGCUGCUGCUUUCACAGCCUGUUCCUGAAGCAGUGGCAGGGCUGUGGCUGCACAUGCUCGGUCCUGAGGAUCUCUGAGGGAAGCGUGUCACCCUUCCUGUAGUGCUGUAGAGAUCCCAAAACCAAAAGUUUUUUUAGGAGGGGACCAGUGUUCUCUAUGAAAACUCCCCAUCUUUGCAGUCUCCUGCCCACUUUGAUCCGAAGUAGCUCAUGUUUCUUCAAAUUUUAACUGCCUGGUCAGUGUUUUUGAGGGAGCAGUUCCCGAGAAGAAAAAUCCAUGGGAUGGGUUCCUGUUGGAGUAUGUUCUUGUGACCUUGCAGCCAUUUUGAAGGGAUUCUGCUGGUCUGCUUAAUGGAUGGUGGUCUGGGAGCAUGAAGUUGUUGUGUUCUGCUGAUGGCAGCUGUGUCAGGUGUCUGGAAUAACUUUCUAAGAUGGGUUAGAAAAGGAAUCAAGUCGUGUGUCAGCUGUGAUCAGGUGAAACAAGUAAGUCACCUUCUGCAAAACUGACUUCGUGGUUUUCCUUGUGGGAUCCAUUGCUUUUGUUUCCUGUGGAUUAACAGGAAAAUCUCUAGUGAGGUGUAAGUACCCAAUGACUUCAGUAAUGUUGGCUGUUGCCUUUAUCUUGGGCAAAUCCCUUCACUUCUGCUUAGCUUCCUUAUCCAGAAACAGGGAUAAUAAUACUGUUCUUAGGUGCCUUCUCCACCGAAAGUGAGGAGUGUGGAGGGAUUCUGACCUUCCAUGGUGUGAGAAGUAUGGGAUGGGACUCCUUUGUUUUAUAGGGAUUAAAGCUUGUUCCACUUACUGGAAGAACUCUUGUUUUACAGAUGCUACAUGGUCAAGAGAGAGACUGUUUCUGUCCUAAAAUACACACUUUAACCUGCUGAGAAAUGUUCCCUCAUAGUGCCAAGCAGUAUUUUGUCAGUGAACUGAAAUUUAGCUCCUAUUCCUCUGUAUGCAGCUCUUUGUCCUUUCACUGGGGACGGGUUCCUGUGUUUCAUACUGCCUGGUGUACUGGGUUUUGUCUUUUGGGCUUUUUAUGCAUUCAUGGUUGCAUCUAUUUUCAUGUUUCAUUUGAGAGUAAAAAUUCUUUCUGUUUCUG